CGCCGUCCGCGCGAGCCGCGUCCACGCGCCGCCGCGGCAUCCCCUUCAAUACCCCCGCCCGACCCCCCGCCGCGAUGCCCUCGCGACGCGAUGCCGCCGCGAGGACGUCGUCCCGUCCUACGUCCCCCUCGAUCUCGACAUGCCGCACCCGCUGAGCGCGCACCUUCCGAUGGCGAUCGGCACCGCGGUCGCGCGCUGCGGCGAGACGGACGUGACGGUCGUCAUGCCGACGUCCGAGUCCGACGUCGUGGACGUGUACAGCGCGAUGGGACGCCCGGACGAGGACCCGCACUGGGCGGACGUGUGGCACGGCGACGUCGCGCUCGCGACCGCGAUGCUCGAGGGAGGAGGAGGAGGAGGAGGAGGAGGAGGAGACGCGGGAUCGACCAUCGACGUGCGCGGGCGCUCCGUGAUCAACCUCGGCGCGGGGCUCGGGCUCGCCGGCGUCGCCGCCGCGCUCGCGGGCGCGUCGCGCGUGUUGAUGACGGACCGCGAGCCGCGCGCGCUGUGGUGCUCGCUCGCGGCGGCGCGCGCGAACGGGCUGAGAGGCGCCGCGGAGACGCUGCCGGCGUCGUGCGGCGCGCCCGACGGCGUCGCGCUCGGGCCGACGCCGAAGGCGCUCGAGCCGGCGUCUCCCGCGGCGUCGCGAUGCGUCGUCGACGCCGAGAUCGUGGACUGGUUCGAGCCGGAGCUCGCGCCGACGGGGUUCGACGUCGUCCUCGCGUCGGACGUGCUGUACACCGCGGACGCGGUCGACGCGAUCGCGACGCUGGUGUUGCGGCUGUUCAGCAGCCGCGGGGGGAGGGCGGGGAGGUUCGUGCUCGCGGAUCCGCCCGGGCGGUUUCCGGAGAAUCACGCGCGGUUCGUGAGGUGCAUGGAGGACCCGGGGUCGAUACCGGGGUACGCGGGGGAGGCUCUCAUCACGGGGGCGUCGAUCGAGCGCGUGGACGAGCGGAUCGUCGAGUGCGUGAACCUCGUCGGGGAGACGAUGGCGGUGAAGCUGUCGACGUACGACAUAACGGUGCCGUCGCGACGAGCUCGCGACGGGAGCGCGUCGAUCCUUUCGUCGCGAGCGUAG